ACUCCUCAACAAUAUUUCUUCUAGUAUUACGGAUUCAGCGUCUAACGGACGUGAGUGAUCCUAGGUGAGAAGAUUGAGGAAAUGUGCACUCUCCAAGAAUUUGCCACUUGUAAUUUGCCAUACCUACCUUUCCUUUAGAUCCUGCCUUCCUCCCUACUUCUUUGCAUUUAUAUUGGCCACCAAUUUACUUCUAUAAAUGCCUUGCCAAUCACAACUCAAUUUUUCUCUUACUAGUAAUUAAUUAAUCUUCUUCUAUUCUUUUAUUCGGUGAAAUAUGGCAAGUAAUUUGACGCUCACGGGGUUGUUGAAACAUGUUGCUGAAAAAUUCCCUACCAGCACGGCGUUAUCUGUUUCGGGAAAAUUCGAUGUCACGCAUGAAAGGCUUCAUCAUCUUAUUGAACAAGCCGCGUCUCAACUCGUUGCUGCAGGUGUUAAGCCCGGUGAUGUGGUCGCUCUCACAUUUCCCAAUACAAUCGAGUUUGUGAUUAUGUUUCUAGCUGUGGUUCGAGUUCGAGCCACAGCAGCGCCACUGAAUUCAGCGUAUAUGCCCGAAGAGUUCGAGUUUUAUUUAUCAGAUUCUGAGUCCAAACUGUUGUUAAUUGCAAAAGAAGGAAAUGAGGCAGCUGAAGCAGCUGCUUCCAAACUCAAAAUCCCUCAAAUUACUGCGACUCUACCCCAUUCCAACUCUGAUGUCUCUCUCACCCCGAGUUGUCCGCUAUCAGAUUCUGAUUUGGUUUCUGAAAUUGUGAAUGAUCCAUCAGAUGUUGCACUUUUUCUCCAUACAUCAGGCACCACCAGCAGACCAAAAGGUGUUCCCCUAACACAGCACAAUUUAGUAUCAUCAGUGAACAACAUUAAAUCGGUUUAUAAUCUCAAUGAAGCGGACUCUACAGUAAUCGUGUUGCCACUCUUUCAUGUUCAUGGAUUAAUUGCAGGAUUACUGAGCUCGAUUGGUGCUGGAGGAUCCGUAACGCUCCCUGCUUCCGGGAGAUUUUCUGCUUCAUCUUUCUGGUCUGACAUGAUCAAGUACAACGCCACAUGGUACACCGCGGUGCCUACCAUUCACCAGAUCCUAUUGGACCGUCAUUUCAGUAAUCCGGAGUCUUGUUACCCGAGACUCCGGUUCAUUAGGAGUUGCAGUGCUGCACUAGCACCAUCCGUAUUGGCACGGCUAGAAGAAGCAUUUGGUGCCUCAGUUUUAGAGGCAUAUGCAAUGACAGAGGCCACACAUUUGAUGUGUUCAAAUCCAUUACCAGAAAAUGGGCCACAUUUGCCAGGGUCAGUAGGGAAGCCAGUGAGCCAAGAAAUGGGAAUAUUGGAUGAGAAUGGUGUGGUACAAGGGUUUAAUGCAAAGGGAGAAAUCUGCAUUAGGGGUCCAAAUGUUACAAAAGGGUAUAAGAACAAUCCUGAGGCCAAUAAAUCUGCUUUCCAGUUUGGUUGGUUUCAUACGGGAGAUGUAGGAUACUUGGACUCUGAUGGAUAUUUGCAUUUGGUUGGAAGGAUCAAGGAGUUGAUCAACCGUGGAGGGGAAAAGAUAUCUCCAAUUGAAGUGGACGCUGUCCUUGUUUCUCAUCCGGAGAUUGCUCAGGCUGUUGCUUUCGGAGUCCCUGAUGACAAGUAUGGUGAAGAGAUAAACUGUGCUGUCAUUCCACGACAAGGGUCAAAUAUAGCCGAAGCAGAUGUGUUGGGAUUUUGCAAGAAAAAUCUAACAGCCUUUAAGGUCCCCAAAAAGGUGUUCAUGACUAAUUCUCUUCCAAAAACUGCAACUGGAAAAAUUCAACGACGACUUGUCGCAGAGCAUUUCCUUGCACAGAUCUCAACUGCUAAAGUGCCUAAGUUCGGAGCUUGAAAAUAUAUUAAAGCAGAUAAAAAUGGUUACUAUAAUACUAAUAAUUAUUAACAUAUGAUUUUUGCUGGUAAUGACACAAGAAUCCCAGUAUCACGAUUAGUAAACUGUCUAUCCUCUUACAAGAUUGUUAGAAUUGAUUCUUUGGGGGAUUUUUAUUAUUUUUUUUCAAAAAAGUAGGUUAUUAGAUACUACUUUUGGUAGAAGCAUUAAAAGUUUUUUUUCCUUGUAGAAGUGGCUAUUAAACAGACUGAUAUUUUUACAAUGAAAUUGUGUGUGACUCGUACAAUUUAAUCUGUAAAGAAACUGUCUACAGUAGGCAGUAGUAAUAAACUUCCAAUUACAACAUAUCAUGCAAAGUUGAGCUCUCUAUAGCUUAUACCUGCAAACCAGUAACAUGGCUAGUAAGAAAAAAAUAAGUUAUACCUCCAAUAUUAGGACAAUAAGCUUUCUGCUUGUCAAAUUACAUAAACCAGCAACAUGAGCUUGUUGCGAUUUCCAAUUUGACCACAAAGAUGA